ACCAAAUUUGAGAGACUAUUCUGCUAGCACAAGAACUCCCAUAACUGUGGAUAGUACGCUAUGUCAUCAUGAACCCCAGGCAUGCUAACAUUCAAUACCUCAUAUCGAAGAAUCUAUAGCUAUGUCGAGCAUAGCCAUGGAUGAACCUGAAAUGUGUCAUCCUUCAAUGCCUCCUCGGAAUCUCGAGGAAGAGUUUCUAGCCGUGGCAACUGCUCAUGCACCUCAUGCACAAUUAUUUGACAAAGAACUUCUUGCUAUGCCGGACACAUCUUCAGCUCCAAUUCAUCGGCUACCUCCUGGAAAUCAAUCUAUUGAUGAUGAGUUUGAGGAUGAAUCUACAAACGUAGGGGUUGAUCUUCAAGCUAAUAGAUAUCUCAAUCGUCAUUAUCUUGGUAGGAUGGAUGUAUCAUGUUUUCAUUGUAAAGCCUUGCAUUGGAUGGGUGAAAAAUUGACCAAUUCAUCUUUAAUACAUCCACUUUUUGGAACUUGCUGCCUGCAAGGAAAGAUUAAGCUACCAUCACUUAUUGCACCCCCGUUGGCGCUACAAGAGUUAUACGAUGGCAAUGAUGAGCGAUCAAAAUCAUUUCGUCAUCAUACUCGAGAGUAUAAUGCAACUAAUGCUUUUACAAGUCUUGGUGCUAAAUUAGAUACAAGAGUGCUUAACGGAAGAGGGCCUUUAUCGUUCACUAUCCAUGGUGAAUUACGUCAUCGAACAGGAUCAUUGCUGCCACAACCAGGGCAUGAAGCGAUUUAUUCUCAGUUGUACAUAUACGACCCCGAGUCUGCUCUAAAUGCUCGCAAUAACAGAAAUCCGCACUUGAAAAGAGAUGUCCUCAAGACAAUUCAAGAUUGUUUGUUGGCAUUUAAUCCGUUUCCUGAAAAAUUCCUUCGAGCUUUUGAGAUUUUGAAUCAAUCUGAAUCGGUGGGACAAAAUUUACCUGCUUAUCUUCAUUACAGUUCAUCAAUAGAUCGUCGGAGGUAUAAUCUCCCAACAACAGAUGAGAUUGCAAUAAUUCUACCAGGCGAUGGAACCGAGAAUAGUGGAAUGAGAGAUAUUGUGUUGCAUUUGAGAGGAAAUAAUGGAUUAAUGCGAGUUAAUGAAUGCCACCCAGCUUAUUUACCAUUGCAUUAUGUUCUAUUGUUUCCCCAUGGUGAGCUUGGAUGGGAACCUGAGAUGAGACAUUGGGAUGUACGAAGCGAACAAUACACAGAUAAAAGACUCGCUCAAAUGGAAUUUUAUAGCUUUCGUUUGUUUCAACGAAACUCAGAGUACUCAACAAUUUUACGAGCUGGAAAAUUAUUCCAAGAGUUUAUCGUAGAUGCUUGGGCAACGACUGAGCAAAAUCGAUUGAACUUUCAUAGGCUAAACCAAGGAAUAAUUCGAUCCGAACUUUACCAGGAUCUCGCAGAUAUUGGUCCUGAUGGGUUGGGGCCUGGUCAAGUUGGUAAACGAAUAAUUUUGCCAUCUUCGUUCCCUGGAUGUCCUAGAUAUAUGUUCCAGAUAUUUCAGGAUUCAAUGGCUAUCACGCGGCACAACAAACAUCCAGACAUUUUCCUUACAAUGACUGCCAAUCCCAAUUGGCUUGAAAUUACUGAGGCUUUGCUACCACAUCAAAAAGUUGUUGAUCAUCCAGAUUUGGUUGCACGUGUUUUUGAGUUGAAGCGAAAAUGUUUGAUGAGUGAGAUCAAAAAGAAGCAAGUGUUUGGCAAAAUUGUUGGAUAUGUCUAUACAAUUGAGUACCAAAAACGGGGGCUACCGCAUAUGCAUUUACUUUUGUUUCUUGAAGGACCAGACAAAAUACAUACAUGUGCUCAGGUCGAUAAAGUAGUAUGUGCUGAAUUUUCAGAUCCUAUUGAAGACCCUUCACUUUUUGAUACUGUUAAGGUAUGAACAU